AUGAACGCGAUUCUUGGACCGACUGGUAGUGGGAAAUCAUCCCUAUUAGAUAUAUUAGCUGGUCGAAAAGAUCAUCAAGGUUUAAUAGGACAAGUACUCAUAGACGGACAACCACAAAUGCAAGAUUUCAAAUAUCGAGUCGGUUAUGUUGUUCAAGAUGAUAUGGUCAGCGGCACAUUGACUGUUCGGGAAAAUUUAGCUUUUUCAGCUAAUGUUCGUUUACCACGGAAUGUCUCUUCGGAAGAUAAAAUUGCUAUUGUCGAUCGAGUCAUAGUACAAUUAGGAUUAGAAAAGUGUGCUGAUUCGAGGGUAGGUACUGAAACUAGUCGUGGAGUAUCGGGUGGUGAACGAAAACGAACCAAUAUCGGCAUGGAGUUAGUUCUGUCGCCUACUAUACUUUUCUUGGACGAACCAACAACCGGUCUGGCAAAUUUGGUUACAGCAGCAUAUUGCGUUGCAAUGCUCGUUUUUACUGGCUAUCUUCUUGACGUUACUACUACUAUCAAAUUUCUUGCAUGGAUAAAAUGGGUGAGUAUCUUUCGAUAUGCAUCGAAUGCAAUUACUAUCAACGAAUUUACUAAUUUGAAACUUUGUCAAACGAAUGACACUAGUAUUUGCUUGAUUAAUGGUGAAGAUAUUCUCAAAGAUCAAAAAAUCGAUUAUUUAACAAAAUGGGAUUUAUGGGCAAACUUUGUAGCAUUAGGCGUUAUGACAUUGAUCUAUUUUGCUUUGACCUAUGUUCAAUUACUACGUAUGCGAAAGACGAAAUAA